CUUUGCCUCAAUAAUAAGUAUUUCUUGUAAUUUUUACAUUUAUAAAUAAAUAUGUCAUUAAUUAAUAUCCCAGCAAGAUAAUUUUGCGAAAACUCGAACUUGUUUACCGCGUCGUCUGACUAAAAAUAGUUACGCGGAAAGCAUCCGACAAAAAUAAUAAUACGCAUUAUGCAAUUAAGUGAUUCAAUAAAAUGAAGGUUAAAAAGUUGCUCCUACACGAAUGCACGGUCAGUACAUACGUGAUAUUUGAUUCUCUAGCAGUGAAACAAUAUUAAAGUGAACUUUUUUGUAUUAAUAGCAACAUAAAUAAAAAUAUAAGAAAAGUCUCACCAUGAUAUUUGAAAUACUAAUAUCGUUAGUAUUAGUUUUAUCAACAAUAAUUAUCCUAUACCUGAAAUGGACUUUUCGUUAUUGGAAAAGCAGGAACGUGUACGUUCCUGACCCAAGUCUUCCAUUUGGAAAUGUAAAGCGCGUAUUAUUUGGAAAGGAAAAUUUUGGUUUAUUAGUUGCAAAUAUUUACAACACCGCUAAAGCAAAGGAGCUACCCUACGGUGGUCUCUAUUUUGUUUUUAAACCCGUUUUUGUACCGGUUGACAACAAAUUGUUAAAACAUAUUCUCAUAACGGAUUUUCAACACUUUACCGAUCGUUUACCCUUCGUAGAAAAUGAAUACGACCCUCUCAAUGCUACUUUAUUUUCGUUAACGGGAGCCAAGUGGAAAGCGCUCAGAACCAAACUUACCCCACUUUUCACUACUGGAAAAUUGAAGAUGAUAUUUCAAACUUUGGUGGAUUGUACUAACAAUCUUCCUCAUGUUUUGGACGACAGUAUCAAACAAAAACAACCGUUGGAUAUGAAAGAAAUUUCAGCGAGGUAUACAACAGAUGUCUUAGGAUCCGUCGCUUUCGGGAUAGACUGUAACUGUCUCAAAAACCCGAACACUGAGUUCAGAAUUUACGGAAAAAAGGUGUUUGAGACAGGAAUUAGAGAAGUCGUGGUUCCAUUAGUAAGCGUCGUCAGUCCCACGCUUAUGAAAUUAUUAAGACUACAAAUAACAAAGGUCGACGUCGAAAAGUUCUUCAUGAAAAUCGUGAGAGAAACGAUUGAUUACAGAGAUAACAGUAAUUGUUCAAGAAACGAUUUCAUGCAAUUGUUAAUGGAUUUGAGAAAUCAGGAACUCAAAGUGAACUCGUCAAUAAUUGAAAAUGAGCAGAAUGUUUUCUAUCAAAAUGGACUGUCGUUGGAAGAAAUUGCGGCGCAGGCAUAUGUUUUCUUCGCAGCAGGGUUCGAAAGUUCCUCCUCAACUUUAAACUUUUUAAUGUACGAGAUUGUUCAAAAUUUAGACAUACAACAAAAGCUGAGGGAAGAAGUCCAGAGAGUUUUAAAAACCCAUGGAAAUAAAAUAACAUAUGACGCCAUUCAGGAAAUGACCUACAUGGACAAAUGUGUUAACGAAACAAUGCGAAAGUAUCCUCUUCCGAUGAUCCCAAGGUUGUGUACAAAAGACUACAAAGUGCCAAACUCUAAUUUGAUUAUUGAAAAAGGAACACCAGUUUCGAUUCCUGUUUAUGGAAUUCAUCACGAUCCUGAAUACUAUCCAGACCCAGAUAAAUUCGAUCCCGAAAGGUUUUCCGAAGAAAAUAAAAAUAAACGGCCCCCCCUAACAUUUUUGCCCUUUGGAGAAGGUCCCAGGAUAUGUAUUGGUACAACAAGUAAAUCAAACAUUAUAUGCGCAAAUACGAUAAUAUUUAUUUCAGGUUUACGUUUGGGCAUUUUACAAACGAAAGUGGGACUGGCUUGUCUUUUAAGGAACUACAAAUUUACUCUAAAUCCUAAGACUGUUGUGCCAUUGGAAUUCCUUGGAGGACAAUUUAUUUUAGCUUUAAAAGAAAGUGUGUGGAUAGAUGCUCACAAAGUUUAAAUAUCCAGUGGUGUAGUUUUAAGACUACAAAUACAAAAAUAAGUUCUCUAGU